AUGCCCGGUCGAGUGCCUUGGCGCGUGCCAAGAUGCCCGGUCGAGUGCCUUGGCGCGUGCCAAGUUGCCCGGGUCGAGUGCCUUGGCGCGUGCCAAGAUGCCCGGUCGAGUGCCUUGGCGCGUGCCACAUGCCCGGUCGAGUGCCUUGCCGCGUGCCAAGUUGCCCGGUCGAGUGCCUUGCCGCGUGCCACGAUGCCCGGUCGAGUGCCUUGCCGCGUGCCACGAUGCCCGGUCGAGUGCCUUGUGCGCGUGCCACGAUGCCCGGUCGAGUGCCUUGCCGCGUGCCAAGAUGCCCGGUCGAGUGCCUUGGCGCGUGCCACGAUGCCCGGUCGAGUGCCUUGCCGCGUGCCAAGUUGCCCCUUGGCGCGUGCCAAGUUGCCCCUAUGCGUCGCGCCAAGUUGCCCGGUCGAGUGCCUUGGCGCGUGCCACGAUGCCCGGUCGAGUGCCUUGCCGCGUGCCACGCUGCCCGGUCGAGUGCCUGCCGCGUGCCAGUUUGCCCGGUCGAGUGCCUUGCCGCGUGCCAAGUUGCCGGUCGAGUGCCUUGCCGCGUGCCAGUUGCCCGGUCGAGUGCCUUGCCGCGUGCCAAGUUGCCCGGUCGAGUGCCUUGCCGCGUGCCAAGUUGCCCGGUCGAGUGCCUUGGCGCGUGCAAAUGCCCGGUCGAGUGCCUUGGCGCGUGCCAAGAUGCCCGGUCGAGUGCCUUGCCGCGUGCCAAGAUGCCCGGUCGAGUGCCUUGCCGCGUGCCACGAUGCCCGGUCGAGUGCCUUGCCGCGUGCCAAGUUGGCCCGGUCGAGUGCCUUGCCGCGUGCCACGAUGCCCGGUCGAGUGCCUUGCCGCGUGCCAAGAUGCCCGGUCGAGUGCCUUGCCGCGUGCCAAUAUGCCCUGUCGUGUGCCUUGCCGCUUGCCAAUAUGCCCUGUCGUGUGCCUUGCCGCGUGUGCCAAGAUGCCCUGCCGUGUGCCAUUAUGACUCCUCGAGCAUGGCAU